CCACCGCUUCGUUGAGUCAGUCGGCAGAGCCGCAAAAUCUAGUCAUUUUGUCUCGAACGCUUCUGAAUUACAUACAUGGACAGCAGCCGAUUGGUGUUCUUGUCGUAUGUACCAGUAUUGCCGUAAAUUGUCUGGGUGAGACCCUAUCAACAGCAGUAGUAGCCGUAGCAGUCGGUGCUGAUAGAAUACCGCACAGAAGUAUAGUGCAAAUAAUUUCCUAUUCGUUUCCACACUAUAAAAAAAAAAGUGCUGUUAAGGUGAAUGUGAGAGUCAUCGUUUUGAUUAUUUUGAGAGAACUUAAGUGCCGCAAUGCCAGAUAAAAAGUUCGUGGACUGGCCAAGGGUGCCUGGGCAGGGCGACGAAGUUUGCGGGUGAAGCUAGCUUGUGUGCGGCCAUUCGAAAAAAACAAAUAGAAAAACUUUGUUUUUUUUUUGUUCAUUUUGUCUUGUAAGCUUCGCUAUUGGAUUACAGUGUUGUGUUUGUCUGCUUAAGUUACUCUCGCUUCGGCCCAACUUGGAGUGUGAGUGCGUGUGAUCGGUGUGAGUGCCCGGUGCCAGUGAAUUGGCAUGGGGCACUAUCAACCCCGGCCUCAGGAAGUGACCCAGUCGGGGUCGCUCCGGGCCACUGUCACUGUGUUCUUGGGAUAUGUAGUGCUCUAUCUUGGAUUACUGUGCUCUCUCAUCGCUCGAAUAUCAGAUGAACUGUCAAUUGACAUAGACAACCCAAACCCGUUGCACGUGGCCAACUGUACACCUGUAAAAUUUGUGUGCAGACUUAAUUCGACGAGUGAGAGGCCCUCUACAAACCCUGUCGAAGUCUAUUGGUCGUUCCGCGGUGAGAACGCGUCCAAACUCCCGGGCGUUAAUACCACAUUCGACGGACAUCUCGCCUCCCUGCACAUCCCGUGCCCUGAACGAAAUUAUAGUGGAGUUUACCAGUGCCUUGCCGAAGAAAAAAAUACCUCGAUCAUCUACAAGAAGGAACUUAACUUCAACGUUUAUGUUCCUGUCAGCGUACAAGUCAGUGCUAGUGAAAGUGAACCUCCGUUGCACGGUAACACAUCGCUGACGUGCCGGGUAACGGCAUGGCCUCACCGCAUGCUCCUGGUCUGGUCUCGAGGACCCCUGGCCUCUGGCCCCAGCGAUCCGUGGUGGUUGGCAGUGGGACGAAAUGAGACCACUGUCACAACAUCUGAUUCCAUCAGUGUUAAUAACGCGACUAGCAGCAGCGGCAGUGGCGUCAGCGCAAACGAAAGAUCGACUACCAUAAGUGUAACUAGUAACGGUGGCGGUAGUGAAUCCCAGUCACCGGCAUCACUGCCGAUAGCAGAUUCAGGAGUGACAGCUAACAGGGGCAACGGGGCACAUCGAAUUGUUGAUCUUACUCACGAUUCGCAUGCGCAGGUCGUAGGCGACGGUACGGUCCAGGACGAUGAUGUAACGAGCUCGUCGCAGCUACUCCUUAACGACCUCUCCAGAGAACAGAAUGCCACGUACUAUUGUUAUGCAUACAACGCUGAAAACAAUAUGACCGCCAUGUCUUCCCAUCAUGUACAAGUUAUUGAACCUCCCGAGCUCAACUUCAACAAAGUAACGGCGGAAGACAGUCGAACGGUUAAAUUGCGAUGGCAGGUUCGCUACCCCAACAACCAGCCUGUGGCGCGCUAUCACCUACAGGUAAAGAAUUACAGCGCAGAGGUUGAUUGGUUGGAUGUACACAACGCCAUCCCCGCCAAUACAACGUCAUACACCGUGGGCUAUCUUGCCCCCGGUGUCACUUAUGGCUUCCGAGUCGCAGGCGUUAACAAUGUAGGCGUCGGCGAGUGGGUUGCUAGAAAUAUCACGAUGCCUCCAGACGUUCCUCCGAAAAUCAAUCAAGUGCACCUUUUGGCUACGACAAACAACACGCUUGUCUUUGCGUGGCAAAGACCCCCGCACAACAACGGCGCGACCAUCUCACAGUACAACUUCCAACUGUUGCACGAUCAGCAGCUGCACGAGAACCGGACAAUGGCGGCCAAUGAGAACAGCACGAGAUCCAACUACAUGUUCGUCUACGUGGCUCUAACGCCGGGCGACUCUUACGCUUUCCAGGUACGAGCUUGUAAUGCAAUCGGCUGUGGAAACUGGUCCGACCAGCUCGACGCUAACACAUCGGAUGGAACUGCAGGCGCCCCCCUAGAGGUCCAAAUGAAGUGUUUUUCGAAUGAUGAACGAAAUAUGACAUAUACACUCGUCACAUGGAAGGCACCAACGGAAGCGCGCGGAACGAUCCAAGGAUAUAAUAUUACGCUUGAGGGAAGUGCGAUUUUUCGAAGAGAGACAGGAGCGUUAGAGACAGAAAACGUACUCGAGGCCCACGAGGUGAACGCCACGACGACGCAGUUUCGGGUGGCUGUAAAACCUCACACUAAUUACACUGUUCGUGUCUGCACAAUCAAUCGCGCAGGGUGUGGAAACCUCAGCGGGAUAAGCGUCAAGAGCGCAUGCAUCUCUCCGCCUAUUGUGCCGCCUGCGCUACCGAGGUUCAAUUUGGAAAAAGGUGAUCACGAUAAGCAGCUUCGGCUCAAGAUGAUACGCGUCUCAGAACGAGUGGCCGAGAUCUUGUGUUAUCGGGUUGUCCUAAUUAAGCUUCCAAUCGGAGACAUUUUUCGGUUGCUUCCGCGAGACCCAACAGAAUUAAAUGUUACUUCAUGGGAAAUGGCCCAUAAGCCCGAAACGCACAUUGGAGCCUACGUUGCUGAGUCCAUUCCCAGCGAGGAGCUUCCCGAAGAGGUGAUUCUUGGUGACCUUCAAGGAUUUCACUGUGAUUCGUCGUUGCUAGUCAAGCUACCCCAGCGACUUCGAGGUAUCUCAAAUCGACACAACGUUAGCGCCCAGACCGGUGCCGUCACCGGGAUGAUCCCCACUUCCAGUCAGCAUGGACUCAAAACUAAACCAAGCGGCAAAAGCUCAACCGACGACGAGGAACUUCGGCGGCUACAAACUAUAGAUGACAUUGCUACCUACCGAAGAAGGAGGACAGUAUACCUGCAAGGUAGACAGUUGCAUCGGAGAGAUACGUCAGGAAUACAAAUCGACAGUGCCAGUAGCACCGCGCAGCCAUCCUCCUACCAGCAUCGUGAAAUUUAUGACGGGCUGCUGUCAUCGAAAACGAACUAUACAGGAUAUGUGGAGAUUCACGUGCGCGGCGAGAACGGGACCGUCCUGUCCCGCCAGAGCGGAUACUUCCCUCCUGUCGAAACGGGUGCGGACCGCACCGCCGUCGCCCACGACUCCCCUGCGGCACUUUUUGCCGCUUUACUUUCAGGACUUCUGCUUGUUAUUUUAAUGCUGCUCGUACUCGUCUGUCUCAUCAGAAAGAAGAGUUUGAAGCUGUAUACUGAUCCAGGUGAGGAACUUCUGGACGAUUCCCGGCUGUAUGCUGAGUUGCGCCUUUCGACGCUGCUCCGUCACGCCCUCCUCAAACCCAUCCCUGUGAACAUUAUCAGUCCAAGUGUAAAAGAGCCUCCUCCAACGUCAAUGCCCAUCAAAGCGCAUAACCUUCCAGCUGCCUUCAUUAAACGACACGCCGACAACGACCACCUAUUUCAGAACGAAUUUGACUUAUUACCUGAUAAGUUCAAGGAUAGAACAACGUACGCCUCGGACGCACCGGAGAAUGCCCAUAAAAAUCGUUAUCCGGAUAUCAAAGCCUAUGAUCAAACUCGUGUGAAGUUAACGCCGCUCGACUCCCAGAUGGGCUCGGACUACAUUAAUGCGAACGUGGUAGAAGGCUGGCGGAACACAAAGACGUACCUAUGCUCCCAGGGGCCGACUGAUAAGACUCUGCAUGACUUCUGGCGGAUGAUUUGGGAACAGGGAGUUACUGUAGUUGUUAUGCUUACGGGCAUUGAAGAGCACGGAAAAAGCAAAUGCGCUCAAUAUUGGGCCGACCUCGGCGCUAAGGAGAUUGAAAAAGAGUUCAUUGUAGGAGUGCUAGCUGUUAGACAUUAUGCAGAUUACUGCGUGCGGAAGUUCCUCGUCAAUCGAAUUGCGGGCGGUAUAACGGAAGAGCGCGAAAUCCUUCAGUUCCACUACACGAUGUGGAAAGACUUCCUGACCCCAGAACAACCAUCAUGGAUUCUUCGUUUCGUAAAACGAGUCAAUGAGCACUAUGUGCCAGAUCGAGGACCUCUGUUAGUUCAUUGUAGCGCGGGAGUCGGUCGCACAGGGACGUUUGUAGCGAUUGACAUGCUUCUCGAUGAUUUGGAGGGACCAGGGGAUCAGGUAGACAUCUUCAGUUGCGUGUCCUAUCUUCGACAUCAGCGCAUGCACCUGGUGCAAACUACGAAACAAUACGUUUUCAUAUACCGCGCGCUUAUGGAGCACGCCCAUUUUGGUGACAGCGAGAUUGAGAUUGGUCAUCUCCGCGACCACUACCUUCAGCUGAAAGAAAAAACCAAUCUGGAGGGGAAAGACGGACUGGCGCUUGAAUUUGAGAAACUCAACGACGUCAUAGAAGACCAAAAAAGCUGUCUGGUCGGGCAAAUGGAAGCUAAUCAGACAAAAAACAGAUACAACUUCAUUCUUCCGUAUGAUAUAAAUAGAGUAAUACUUCCAUCGUCACCGUCGAGGGACAAUUCUUCGUAUAUUAACGCGUCCUUCAUCCAGGGAUACGAUCGAUCCCAGUCGUUCAUCGUCACACAGGACCCCUUGGAUACAACGGUAGUCGACUUUUGGCGAAUGAUCAUCGAACAAAACAUCUCAACAAUUGUCAUGUUAAGUGAGCUUGGAUGUUCACCAUCGCAAACUAAGUGUCAUCCGUACUGGCCUGUCAAUUCUGAGCUAAUUUGCGACUACGUGAAAGUGAAGUUCGUUCGUGAGGAAGCCAAUGAUUUUUAUAUUCGGCGAGACUUUGACAUAGUUAACGCAAAGUCGCUGGAAUCACAUGGCAUUACGCAAUUGCAGCACAAAGGCUGGGUGGGACAGAUCGAGCAGGAUUCGUGCAUCUCCAUACUAGCAGUAAUCGAUGCGGCGCAGAUGAGUCAAGCCAGCGCACGUAUUGGCCUAACGAUGACACCCGGGACACCCCAUAUCGGCGUAGGCGGUUACAUUAGUGGAGCUGUCGAUCCCGCUGGGCCAAUUUGCGUUCACUGCAGCGGGGGUGGCGACCGCUCGUCCGUGUUCGUCACGCUGUUCGAGCUCAUUCAACAACUGAGGGCCGAAGAGCGGGUGGACGUGUUUCAAGCCGCAAGAUUUACUCGCUCACAAAGGCCCUGCACACUGCAAACGGCGAACCAAUACGAGUUCCUGUAUCGCGGCUUGCUCACCUAUAUAGAGACCCACCAGUUGUGUGACAUGGCUGACACUCAACUUUGAGGAAGGACUCCCUUAGGAUGUUUCAAUUCAACUGACCCCACUGUCAUAGCAAUGCCGACGUUGACAGCAGCGGCAGCUGUCGUUCCAGCGAGUGGCGGAGGCGAUGGCGGGGGGCUUUGAUCCCUUACGUCAUUCGCCUUGCUCGUGCAUCUGGUGCCUCCAAGCCGUCUUGCAACGCUAUCAUCCCAUCAAUCAACAAAUCCAUGCCGCUCUUUGUGCCCACUAUUUCCGCAAGUCAUAGCCCUGCUUAUGGUCUUGUUGCUGCAGCACAACUUCCCUGAGAUAAGCAUAGUCAUCAGUUUUAGCUGCAUCACGUUGCUCAUCACCGCAACUAUAGGCACGAUCUGGAUCCUGCUGGCCAAAUGGGCGCUACUUUGUCAUCUUACGUUGUUGCAGCAACGCCAUGCGCCUUUGCUUUUUCUGCCGUCUAAAUCGUCUCUGCCAAACCAGCAUCUGUAACACCACAGUUACCUGUCAAUUGUUCCUUACGAUGUCGACCUUCGAGCUGGACGAAGCCUUUGAGCAGGUCCAGUCUAGGGCCUUCAGUUCGACCCUCCCCUCGCCGUUUUCCCUGUCCACAUUUUCGACGACCGUUUCGCCGUCAUCGUCUAGCGCCACCUAACGACAGCAGCUAUAGUGGACGCGCUCGCUCGCUGAGCAAGCUCUAUUAGCUACGCUACGUAUUCAACUGCUCAGCAUAAGCAGAGAAAAAAGAAUAUGUACAUGUGCAUUUGCAAUCGUGUUCAUACUAUAUAAAUAGAUCUGAUAUAGCCAGCGACACGUACGACAAACACAGAUGGAUGGACACUAAGUGAAUAAACAGCAGCGGUAUGUUAUUACUAUUAAUUAUUACAAUGGCAAUGUGUAUCCGAGUAGAAGCAUCACAAUGAUAGUAGUUAAGAUUAUUAGUAUGAAUUAUUACUGUGCUAUCAUUACUGUUGUAUCUUUGCGCAAAGAAAGCGCAAGAACAGUGUGUCGGUGAACCUCUGUGAGUGUGUGUCAUAAAACCAAUAGACAAACAGAUGGUCGAUGAAACGCUUUAGGGCGCUACGGAAGGAGGAGGACAUAACCGACUAGGGCCGUAUGACGGGGGAGCACUCACUGAACUCCCAGGGCAGAAACAAGCUCUAGUAUUAAUUUAUAUUUCUACAUGUAACAUACCGUCGGAACGUAAGUGAUGAAAGGGAAAUAUUUAAGGUAUACAUGAAUCCGUGACAGGCACGAUCUGUUUUAAUAAUUAACUACGUUGAGAUAUCACGAUAAUAAAACUGCGUUGAAACAACUGAAAAAAAAAAA